AUGGUGGAAGGCCAAGCCCCUGUUACAACGUUAUUGGCAACAACUAAUGGUUCCGAUCGAGUGACUCCAAGACUGAGUCGCAGAUCGUUAGCCAUUCCGUUAAGAGAUACUCAAGUUUCCGCUUCCACACAGACAGAGCCUAAGCAUGCAAACUGCCGUCAAGUCAUCGCCAAAACCGAAAAGAAAUUCGGCGAGACGCCCCCAUCCUCAAAACUUCCGCGAGAGAUCUGGAAGUGGCUCCAAAACAUGAGUCUCCGAAAGAACAUCAAAAACGUCAUCAGAGAUUUCAGCAAUGGCUACGCUUUCGCUGAGAUUCUUGGUCAUUAUUAUCCAGAGGUCGUGUCGAUUGAACAGUACCGCGAUGGCGAUAGUUUUCCGAGCAAACAGGCAAACUGGCAUCAGCUUGAGCUCUCAUUUAAGAAGAUAUUUGGAAAGAAACAAUCUCGAAGUGAGAUGCUGAAACAAAUGACUGAAAUGACGAUUCAUGAAAAGCCUGGUGCGCCUCAACAGUUGAUCUUUUACCUCUACGAAAUCCUUACUGCGAAAAAAGUCAACUGGAUGCCUGGAGAAUAUCCCGAAAAUUACACCGAUGAUAAAUAUCAAGCGUUACUGCCGUUUCAUGCUCGACACACGGCUUCGACAGCUAUAAAAACAAACUUGAAGAUAACAGAAGAAAAAACGUGUCCAAAUAUUAAUAGUGAACGGGAAAAGACGGAAAGGAUCCUUGACCGACACAGAAAUUGGAAGUCUGGAGAAAAGAAGUCGCAGCCAAUUCGCUUUGAAAAAAGGCCGACUCUUUGUGAACUCGCCGAGCGCGUAGUUCCGCCUCCUUCUCAAGAUCGUCAAAAAGCCAAUACUAAAUAG